AUGAAUGCUGUUCUUGGCGUAUUUGGAUUAUCACAAUUUACGACUGAACGUGAUCUUAAAGAUUUAUUUCAUAAAUUUAGUCGUGUGAAAGAUGUUCAAAUUGCAAAAGAAGCACUUAAUUCAGUUGAACUUGAUCAUCAUCGUUUACGUAUUAAUUAUUCAGUAACAAAACAUGCACAUACACUAACACCUGGCAUAUAUAUGGGUGUUCGUACAACAUCUUAUCUACGUUCAAAUGGUCAUGAUUAUCGUCACUCACCAUCAUCAGAUAAGCAAACAUAUCAUCAUCGCCACGAUUAUUCAUUGAGAUCACAUUCACGUAGUCGCAGUCGAUCAAGAUCUCGCCGUGGUGACGAUCGACGUUGA